CUGACUCAAAUUGAACGUCUCGAGACGGAAACAGUGUCAGUUUCAUUUGUUUUCUCCCUAUAUUUCUCGACUAAAAGCUAUAACAAUGCCUAUGCUAUGUGGAGGGACUGGCCCGGCAGCCGAUGCCACCGAAGAAAUCCAGAAGCUGUGUGAUGAGGUAAAGCCCAGUGCGGAGGCAAAAGCAGGGAAGACUUAUGAAAUUUUCACAGCCAAGAGCUACACGAGUCAAGUUGUGGCUGGGACCAACUACUUCAUCAAGGUUCAUGUUGGAGGAGACGAACAUGUUCACCUCCGUGUUUUCAAACCACUGGCAUGUAAUGGAGGAGGACCUGAGCUGAGUGAUAUGCAGCACAACAAGACCCACGAAGACCCUGUUGUAUACUUCUAAUUGGACCCUCACCCAAAAGAAACGUCUGUGUCUACAGACUGCCAUUUAAUUCAAAUCAGCUUUAUCAGAUUAUCCUGGUUCAUUAUGUAACAUAACGCUAAAUGCGGUUCCCAUUCCUGUCAUGUAAUAACAUACUGUACCAUACUGUAGAUCAUGGUUUAAGGAGUCAAUCUGGAACAUUUUUUGUUUAGGGUGACUUAAUAAAUGAAUCUGGUUUGUUGUAA